GGUGGGUGCAGCCUCUCCUGCCCACAUCCACUCCAGGGCGAGUAUGACAGCAGCACUGCCCAGCCUGGCUCUGGCCCUGCUCUGCCUGCUGCAGGCAGGGGCCCAGGUCCCCGUGCAGCCGAACUUGGACACCGAGAAGUUUGCAGGGGUGUGGCAUGUCACAGCCAUCGCUUCCAACUGCUCCAUCUUCCUGAAGAUGAAGGAUGGGAUGAAGUCAUCCAUGGCCAUCAUCAGCUUCAUGCCAGAAGGGGACCUGGCCCUGAAGUUGAUCUGGCCCCUGAUGGACAAAUGCCAAAAGUUUGAGCUGCUCUUACAGCAGAGUGGGCAGGCGGGGCACUACAUGGGAGCACAAGAGAAGAGGGAUCUGCGUGUGAUGGAGACAGACUACAGCCACUAUGCUGUCCUGCAUGAGGCCCAUUACAGCGAGGCAGAGCCCAGCACAGCGCUGCAGCUCCUCACAAGGGAGCAGGAUGUGAGCCCCCAGCUCCUGCAGAAGUUCAUGCAGCUCAUUCCCACUAUGGGCCUGACCAAGGACAUGCUAGCUAUCCUGCCCAAGUCAGAUCAAUGCAUCAGGGACAUCAGCUGAAGGGACCGUGUGUCCUCCAGACCUAGUGGACGAUGGGCUCUGCACCCACUCUGUGGCGCUCCUUCCUAUCCUCCAGGCUCUGCCAGACCCCUUGCUCCACACCAGGAUCAUCCUCAAUCUCCUAAAUAAAUAGAUGCAGAAGCUGCCCCAGA